CCAAUCUCAUCCCAACCCACCACAGGAAGAAAAAGCAUCCAACCGAGGAUCCUCCCUCUCAAAAAUCUCCCACCACAGCAUCAACAUCCAUCCCUCUCCCACUGACUCCACUCUCCUCCACCGCGAAGAUGCCUCAGAACCUCCGCCUGUUCCACCCCGGCGUGAGUGGAAUGAAAAACAUGUUCGACAAGAAAGUGGAAGAGCAUAAGCAAGCACAACUGGACAAUCCCUUCAGCGAGUGGGAGGGAGCCGGAAGGACCAGGAGACUGUCCAAAGAAGACAUCGGCUAUGGCAGACCAUUACCAGGAAGUCAGUCGGAAAAACGGAGUCAGGCGGCCCAACAGCACAUCAUGAUGGAGAUCAGGUACCUCUGUGAUAUGAUCUGGGACUGUUCUGAAUGGCGCAGUCCUGAUGGCAAGGCUGCGAUCACCUUCGGAAAGCUUUUCAAACUGUACAUCGGGAUCUCUGACAAGGUGGUGGGGACGCUGCUGAGGGCACGCAAGCACGGCUUUUUGCACUUCGAAGGCGAAAUGCUGUACCAAAAAAUCUAA